UAUAUUAUAUUGCUACGUUUCAAUAUUGGAGAAUGAAUGGCAAAAAGAUCAGCAUUGAAAUUGGCAUCCCUAAUAAUUCAGCUACAAAGGGUAGUAAACAGCCAGAGGUGGCGGCCGGUAAGAAAUCCGGCGGGGGCAGUGAGGAGAGAUUCUCAUGCAAGGCGUGGCUCAAGAGUGUGUGGGAAUUCUGCAAAGAAGACACCAACAGAGUGACAUUCUCACUCAAAGUGGGGCUUGCUGUUCUGCUUGUGUCUUUGCUUAUUCUGUUCCGAGCACCUUAUGAAGUCUUCGGCACCAACAUCAUUUGGUCCAUCCUCACCGUUGCCAUCAUGUUCGAAUACACAGUUGGGGCAACGUUUAACAGAGGAUUUAAUCGAGCGCUUGGGAGUUUACUUGCUGGAAUCUUAGCCAUUUGUGUAGCGCAACUGGCUCUAUGCACUGGCCGAGUAGCUGAACCUAUAAUCAUUGGCAUAAGCAUCUUCUUCAUAGGGACUAUUACAUCCUUCAUGAAAUUGUGGCCAUCAAUGGUCCAAUAUGAGUAUGGAUUCAGGGUCAUACUUUUCACCUACUGUUUAAUCAUAGUGACCGGUUACCGGGUGGGAAAUCCAAUGAGGACCGCCAUGGACCGACUCUACUCGAUUGCCAUUGGAGGAGUUGUAGCAGUCUUAGUGAAUGUGCUAGUUUUUCCCAUCUGGGCAGGAGAGCAAUUACACAAGGAGCUUGUCAACAAUUUCAACUCUGUGGCUGACUCACUUGAAGAAUGUGUUGGGAAAUAUUUGAAAGAUGACGGGUCAGAACAUCCUGAAUUCUCCAAAACAGUCACGGAUGAAUUCCCGGACGAGCCUGCUUACAAGAGAUGCAAAACCACAUUGAACUCCUCAGCAAAACUGGAGAAUUUGGCUAAUUCUGCUAAGUGGGAGCCACCACACGGCAGGUUCGGGCAUUUCUUCUAUCCUUGGUCAGAAUAUGUCAAAGUUGGAGCAGUUUUGAGAUAUUGUGCUUAUGAGGUUAUGGCACUUCAUGGAGUUCUACACUCUGAGAUUCAGGCACCGUACAACCUCAGAAUCACAUUCCAAAGCGAGAUUGAAGAUGCGACGAACCAGGGUGCAGAGUUGCUUAGGAGCUUGGGCAAAGAUAUAUGCAACAUGAAACGAAGCCACAAAACUUCCCUAAUAAAGAGAGUUCACUGCUCUGCCGAGAGACUCCAGCGUGCAGUGGCCAUGCACUCUUAUCUCCUAACCUCCUGUUCCGACCUCAUCCCCCCACCCGACACCCCUUCAAAGCCGCUGCUCCCAAAACUCACUCACACUCUGUCCUCCACUGUCUACGACGUCCCAAGCGAGCCACUGGCCAGCGAAUUCUACAGCAAUAGCCUUGCGAAGAGCUCGAACCAGCUUCUUCAGACGCAGAACACGCCACCAGUUCAGACAGAAUCUUACCACGAGCUGAUGAGGAAGCAAUCGAGAAGGCUUCAUUCGUGGCCGUCCAGAGAGGUCGAUGCUUUCCAGGAAGAAGAUGGGGCGUUGAAUGUGGAUUUCUUGCCGAGAAUGAGAACUUUUGAGUCCACUGCAGCAUUGUCACUGGCCAACUUCACCUCCCUGCUUAUCGAGUUUGUGGCCAGGCUUGAUCACUUGGUUGAAGCAGUUGAUGAGCUUUCUAAGUUGGCUAAGUUCAAACACGAGGAAUUACAUAAGGAACAGGUCUAACUAUAUAUAUAUUUUUUCUUACAUUGGAGUGAUGAUCAAGAAAAGGAAAGAACGCAGAAUAAAUGUAUAAUACAGAAGUGAGUAGAAGUUAUACCAUAUCUUUUUUUUUUUUUUUGGGAGAAUAAUGUUCUAUAGUUUUAAGGAAGAAGCACAACGUCAGUUACAAGCACAAGGAUUCAUUUGUCACGAUCUUAGUAGCACAAUCAUCAGCAAAUUCGUUAUAUUGGAGACAGGUUAAUGCAAAAUAUUGUACCAGCUAUAAAAUUAUACACAUUU